AUGCGGCUCCACAUAUCCUGUUCGAGUACUGCAGUACGCCAUCUAUGCGGUUACAUUGAGGAGAGUUACAAACAGUUCUGGCAGACACUUUGGAUCAGCAAGGGGAUCGCGAAAAGUAAGGGCGAGAGCAGCGCGUAUAUAAAGAGUAAUACUAAGACAGUGGUGGCGAGACGAGAAUCUAUGAGUUAUGAUGUAGACAACGAUUUUGUGGGAGAAAGCUUCUAUGUAGAGAAAAUGUUCUUGAUAGAACCCAAAAUUAGAGAAAAAUAUGAUAAAAACACCUGCCCCCUUUCGCAGGAGGCACACCAUCUAGAAUCAAAAGACGACGCAAGGCUACCGAUCCUGCCUGAAUCCUCCCCACUGAUCUCUCUCCGAACUCUCCAACAGCGGCUUGAAAGCGUCUUCUGUGAAUCCGCCAGUAUCCUUCGGGCUCGCCUUGACUGGCAAGACGGCAGCAUGAUAAGGCCUCUCCUCCUCCAUCGCUCCCUGUUGUCCUCCGGCGCCUACAUCCGUGGCUCCACCACCACCUGCACCCGGCCCAUUACUGUGAUUUAG